ACCUCGACGAUCAAUUUCAUUAAUUAGAUCAAUAAUUUCAUUAAAUGGAAUAAUUUUUUUCAUUUUAGAAAGAUAUCUAUCAAAACGAAUAAUGUUAUUUAAAUUUGAAAAAGGAAAAGAAGGAUGUUACUUUUCUUUUUUUUUACAAAGAAAUAACCAGAGACAGGUACCGAAACUAUUACUAUAUUUAUACGUAAGAGAGAAGUGAAUCUCGUAACAGAAAAUAGGUUAAGAGGUAGCGGCCGAUUCUCGUAACGUAUUUGCACGUUUAUAUGUUUUUUUUUAAAGUUCACGUGUCACGCGAGACAACGAUACAAGUUGCAAAAAACGGUAUACCGAGGAUAUAUAUAUAUGCGAUUACUUUAAAGUUAAAGUUACCAUCGCUCGGUAAACACGGAUUAUUAUUUCGGUAUAAGACGAGAUAUACCAUUUUCCGUUGUCAAUUAACCUCCAGACACAAGAUUGCGGAAGCUAGUAUUUGUAUCCAACGGCUCGAAUAAUUGGAAAACAAGAAUUGCGCACAAAAUUUAUCCAAUUUUGCGACAAUUUUUCUUUAUCAAAAAUGAUCUUAUAUAUCUGCAUAAUAAAUACGCGUAAUAUCAGUACUAUGUACAACAGUACAAAAGAAUAUCUAUAGUCGCCAUGAUUCCAACAACUGGCGAGAAACCGCGCUUCCAUGCCUCGCGCGCAUCAAGUCUCAUGAAAAUGCACCGUUCACGUUCGCGCUCGAAAUUUAUUCGCCUAUUUAACGGAAGGGGGAGCAACUAUUUCGCUACUUACGGCGCCGUUUAAGAGAAAAGGGUUGAGCAGGUUGCAUGAGGCCGAGACACGUCGUUCGGUAAAUACGACGGAUAGACGUUAUUAGGGCAUGUCUAUCGCCUAUAUUCGCGAGCAAAUAUGUGUUUGGACGUCCAAAGUGACGCGUUUCGUGCGGCUUUGGUCGCCGUCCUAUCCGGCCGCGAUCUGUUUAUAUAUAAAAGGAAUUCGGCACGAAUCCCAAUUGAUAUUUGAUAGUUCGAUGCGAGGCCUGUGCCGGUGAGCAUCGUCGCCUGUGACAAUCCUCCUCACGGCUCUCCAUCUCCCUUUCGCUUUCCAAUCUACGUUCCCCAAAUUUGAGGACAUCUUGAAAUAUAUAUAUAUAUAUAUUUCGAAUCUUUGAAUUCUUUGAAUUCUUCGUCGCUGGAAAGAUUUUUUUUCCUUUUUUUUUUAUACAUAUAUAUAUAUAUCCCUCUUAAAAGAUUUAAGAUCGCCGUUUAAAUGUCGCUGGCCACCAGAUCGGCGAGGUGCGCGGCUCUGAUGGCGGAGCCCGACGAGUUGUAUCCAGAAAAGAUCAUAUACCCGAGGAAUACGAGAACGCUGACCAAAACAGCUGUUGUCGGGGGCAAACCCAUCGACGAGAAGACAUGCAUGGCUCUAAGAACCUUGGUUUUCGGAAGUUGUGCCACUCCGCCGAGGCCGGAAUGGGCCAGGACCGGCUUCACGUUGCGCCCUUACGGGCAAAGCCUGGCAUUUGGACUACGAGCGGCGAGAAACACGACCAGGUCCCUCGUCACGGCUGUGCAAGCCGUGAUGCUCAAGCAUUUCCUCUUCAAAUCUAACCGACUGGAUAGCAGCGCUGGCCCGGUGGAAAGCCUGUUGAAACCGUCGUACGAAAGGCAGAUCGACGCGUUGACGUCGACCAUAGCGGAGAUUAUUUGGCGUUCGGCCGGCGGGUUCGCCGUGCAAAAUGCUGCUUGCUCGUCGGGUCAAAGCGGAAACGAGAACGUAUCCACGGCGGUGGUUGCCUUGCCGCAAGAGAUCCCCUACGUGCAGCAUAGCGUGCAAUACUUUCAGGAUGGUCUCACCGAGACCCUCCACUUGUUCGAAUUUGAAUCUUUGGACGAUUUGGAGAUAUUUAUCAAGCGAUACUUGUACUUGUUUCAAGACGAGGGUAGUCCAGGUGCUGCGCUGCUGCUGUACAGCGCUGUACUCUCCAGAGGUCUCUCCAAAGUGAAAAUUGACCUGGAAAAUCCAAGGGGCUCGAUGUUGAGCGGCUGUCCAGAGGAGGGCUCCAUAAGCGUGGUGGUCUUCUCGUUGACAGGCCGUGCUUCCCCCCACCUUCACAACGGGGUGUUGCACGUUGGGGACGAAGACACAUACGUAAGUUACUUGCCCCUCUCCUCCAGCCUCGAUUUUUAUUUCCACCGCAAUCGCCAAGGCUGUGCCGCAAUGGGGAGUCCUGGCAAGGAGCGAGGUAGGAUUUCUGGUGCACGAGGGCGACGGAGAAUCGAGCAAACAACCCGGCUCCCGCUUGAAGACCCCCAACCUGCCGAUUUGGGUCACCCUCUGCCAGGGUCAUCACGGUGUCCUGUUCAAUACGAACCGCGAGCUGCUCAGAAAUUACCACGCGGAGCGACGGUUCGAGAUCCAAUACUUCACUUGCGGUGGAAGCCAUGCCAUUCUGACCGUGGACACCAGGUCAACUUCCGGAAACGAUUCCGAAUUGGAGGGGCCGAGCAAAGAAUGCACGGACAUGGCCGCAACUCCUUUGGAGAAACUCAUUCGUUCCAAGUGGCAAGAUGCCUAUAUACAGUGGAACGGAGCGCCUUUAAUGUGAAUGCGUCGUGUUUUCUGUAUCUCUUUUCAUUUUAGAAAAUUGAUAUAAAAUAUGUCGAUCCCUUUUUCGUUUAAAUUGUAGUCGAUUUUAGCCGCUUGAAAUCGUUUCUGUCCUCGAAUAAAAAGAUUUCUCCCAGAUGUGCACGUAUCGAAUAUUGCCCGAAAUCGGAUGCAAUCGAACGUUCCGUGCGCUUCAUCGACACGCGAUCGCGUGAAGCGCUAACGAUAUUUGUACAACAUAUGUAUGCAUAUAUAUAUAUAAGACUUGGCUUUGCUUGGCGCAUCGAAGGAACAACUCGUAUAAAAAUCCAGUCCACGAAAUUCGCAUUUGAUUACCGUUUUCUUCUUUCCUCGCAACGACACCGAAGAAGGAGGGAUAAUUAACCCGAGGCCUUUUCCGCUCGGCCGAACAAACGACUGUUCGCCGUUGAAUUUCUUGGCCUGGGCUUGAAAUUAUUUCACGCGGGAAUUAACGUAAAACUUUCGUAUUCUGAUAUUUUUGUGUAUCUUCGGAGAAAGAAAAGUUUGUGAAGAUUAAAGUGCUGAUAUCGUUGUCUCGUUGCGAUAUUUUUAACAAUAAAGUGAUUAGAGAGAAUGCAUCCUCGUUUCGCCGGGGUAUAUAAGAGAUAAAAUUUCUUAUUUAAAAUUGAGAA